GAAGGAUUUUGCUGCUCAGCUCCAGUCUUCUUGUACUAUCGUACAAGUUAGAAGAAUACAUGCAGUUAUUAUUAAGUGUUUGAAAGACUCGAACACAUUUCUUUAUAAUAAUUUGAUUUCUGGGUAUUUGAAAUAUGGUAAGUUAGUUGACGCUCGGAAGGUGUUUGAUAAAAUGUUGAAAAGUAAUGUUGUUUCUUGGACUGCUAUGCUUAAUGGGUAUUUGAUUUUUGGGUUAGAAAAUGAAGCUUUGAAGUUGUUCUCUGAUUUUGUUGGAAAUGGGAUUCGGCCAAAUUCUAAGACCUUUGUGUGCGUUUUGAGUUUGUGCAGUAGGAGAGUGGAUUUGGACCUUGGGAAGCAAAUUCAUGCAUGUGUAAUAAAAAAUAAUACGAGUAAUUUGAUUACAGAUAGCGCCAUAGUGUAUUUUUAUGCGCAGUGUGGUGACUUGAUGGGUGCGUUCCGUAUAUUUGAUAGGAUGAGAGAUCGGGAUGUAGUCUGUUGGACGACUAUGAUCACUGCUUGCUCGCAAAAUGGUUGGGGCGAGGAGGCUUCUGUGAUGUUUUCACAAAUGCUAUCUGAUGGAUGUGCCCCUAAUGAGUUUACAGUGUCUAGUGUUCUGAAGGUUUGUGGGGAGGAGAAGGCAUUGAAGGUUGGAAGACAAUUGCAUGGGGCCAUAGUUAAGAAGAUAUUUACAAAUGAUAUUUUCUUAGGGACAGCGCUAGUGGAUAUGUAUGCGAAAUGUGGAGAAAUAGAGGAUUCUAAGACAGUGUUUGAUGGAAUGAGGAAGAGGAACACAGUUACAUGGACUUCUAUCAUAGCAGGGUAUGCUCGGAAUGGUUUUGGUGAAGAAGCCAUAAGACUUUUUCGAGUAAUGAGAAGACGAAAAGUAUUCUCUAACAAAUUGACCAUGGUAAGCAUCCUUAGGGCAUGUGGAUUGAUUAGGGCUUUGUCGACAGGAAAGGAAGUACAUGCACAGAUAAUCAAAAAUUAUGGUCAAAGCAAUAUCCACAUAGGAAGCACUCUCGUGUGGCAUUAUUGCAAAUGUGGAGAGUACUCUACUGCAUCCAAGGUCCUCCGAGAGAUUUCCCUAAGAGAUGUUGUUUUAUGGACUGCAAUGAUUUCUGGAUGUGCUCAACUGGGGCAUGAGUAUGAGGCUCUUGGAUUCUUAAAAGAGAUGUUGGGGGAAGGUGUGGACCCAAACCCUUUCACUUAUUCAUCAGCUUUGAGGGCAUGUGCUAAACUAGAAGAUAUUCAGCAGGGGAGGUUGAUUCACUCCUCCAUAAACAAGACCCCUGCCUUGUCUAAUGUGUUUGUGGGCAGCUCUUUAAUUAACAUGUAUGCUAGAUGCGGAUAUGUUUUGGAGGCAACCCAAGUUUUUGAUAGCAUGCCAGAACGGAAUUUGGUUUCUUGGAAAGCUAUGAUUGUGGGAUAUGCAAAGAAUGGGCUCUGUGGGGAGGCUUUGAAGCUCAUGUACCGAAUGCAAGCAGAAGGUAUUGAGGUGGAUGAUUACAUCCUUGCAACAGUUAUUUGUGCGUGUGGAGAUUUUGAAUGGAGCAUAGAAGCUUCGUCUGAGCAUUGCCUUUACUUAAGUUGAUCUUUGUUCUAGUUAUGGAUAUGAAAUUAUGAAUGAAAAUGUAGAUGGCCAUCCAGAUUGUAGCUACAUUUUGUACAUUGUGGAAUGAUCUCUGAAAAAUGUAAAUCACAUUUGAAAUAUAUGAAGCUGAGUGCUCUAAGUGAUUGAAAUUUUUGGAAACUUCCUGUCAGGCCUCAGCUUGUCUAACCCUAUCUGACAAGUCCUAUACAAGAUCAGAAAGAAAGAAAGGAAGGAAAAACGGGUCCAGCUUGGUUCCGUCAGGGUGAUUUGAACAAAAUUCGUUCUUGGCAAUCUUUUAACAUUACAAUCAUUACAGAAUUUCAAAAAGUGCUAGGAUCAGAACUUGAAG